UACAAUGAAGCAAAAUUGUCCUGCUUUCAUCUAUGUAAGAGUUACAACUGAUGGCACUAAGUUAGAGAUUUCUCAAAUGAAUGAGUCACAUAACCACGAGACCUCAGAACUAUUGUUCUCCAAUUUGCCAAAUCAACGCCGCUUGGAACCACAAAUGAAAGCUGAUGUACUUGAACUGAUGGAAAUGAAGGCAAAUAAAAAGCUUAUUCAAGCCAAAGUACAAGCUGAAACUGGCAAAGUAGUAACUCUUAGAGAUUUAUCAAAUAUAUGCAGUACAGGUAAUAAUAUACUUAAAACGGUGGAAGAUGUCAAAAAGAUGUAUGGUUGUCAUGUUGAACUGUUGACAGACAGUGAUGGGAACUUUUUAGGCAUGUUUCUUCAAGAUUUAAGGAUGAAGGAAGAAUUUAAAGCAUUUCCUGAAAUGGUUUGUGCUGAUGCUACAUACAAGCUGGUGGAUAUGAGAAUCCCAUUGUAUGUGCUAUUAAUUGAGGAUGGUAAUGGCCAGAGUGAGAUAGCUGCUCUUGGAUUGCUAGUAAAUGAACAGAGAGAAACGUUACAAUGGUUCUUUAAUAAGUUCAAAGAAUGUAAUCCAGCCUGUUCAAAUACAAGAGUAUUUAUUACAGAUAAAGAUUUAAAAGAGCGUUCUGUUAUCAAAUCAUUGUUUCCAACCUCUCGUCUUGUGAUUUGCCUUUUCCACACUCUGCGCACAUUUAACAGAGAAAUCACAUGCGAAAAAUUAGGUAUAACGCCAGAUGAACGAGAUAGUAGCAAAAAGUUUAUUGAACAGUUAUGCUACUGUAAAAAUGAAAAAGAAUACAAAGAGAUACAUACCAUUUUUUUAAGUCAAGCUCCCCAUCAAGUCAAAAUGUACUUUGAGAAGAAUUGGCAUGAUAUCCGCGAAGAAUGGGUCACUGGUUUAACUUUUCAAAGUGGUAACUUUUUAAAUACCACAAAUAAUAGACUUGAGAGUUUUAACUCAAAAUUAAAAUCGGUUAUACCAUUUUUUUCAAAUCUCUCCGAAUUUUUUAAGCAGCUAUUUGUGGUUAUUAAGUGUGUUCGGUCAGAAAGGGACAGUAAGACCAUCAAUUUAGUACAAAAACUCCCAACAAAAAAAAUUGAAAAUAGUGAUGAAUAUAAAUAUAGCAUGCUUUUAACCCCAUAUGCAUUUAACUAUUUAAAAAAGGGUCUAUCCUGUACAAACAAAACUAAAAUUUUAGAAGGUACAUCACUAACUUCUUGCUCUUGUGCUUUUUAUAAUUCAAUGAAGUUGCCAUGCAAGCACAUUUUUAAUAAAAGAAGAGCAACAAAUCAUUCUUUAAAUAAUGAAGAUAUAUGUGAUAAAAGAUGGACAAGGAACUAUUACUAUAAAUCCCAGGUAAUUUUUAAAGAACCGCUGAAGUUAUGUGAGGCAGUAAGAGAGGUUCCUAUUAAAAUUCAGGAAAAAAAAAACACAAGACUAUUAUCAGCCAACGAAAAGUUUCGAAAGGCAUCUGUUAAAGCAUCUAAAUUGGCUGAACUUCUUUCAAUAUCAUCUCAAUUUAAUUAUGAAAGAAGAAUGAAUCAGUUAGAACAAAUAAUAAGUAUAUGGAGCAAAAAAGAAGAAUUUUUAAUUAAGGAGAUAAGUUCUACAUGUGACAAUGAUGAUGAUGAAAGUGAAAUAACAUUUUAAAAUUACCUACAUUAUUACCC